UGGGGUCCCUGACAACUAAGGUCUCUGAGGAUCUACACUUGUCAAGGAGGCAAAGGAUGCCUGGGGUGCCAGGCUGGGGUACCAUGCAGUUUUGGGAAUGAAGGACAACUGCGGUGAGGCGUCUAUUCCUGGCAGAGGAGCGUGAGAUUCGCUGACAGCGAAGAAGCACGGCAAGGGGCAUGUUCGAAGACCUAGAGUUGGGUGUGCGGGGACCAGGACAGAGGCUGCAUAAAGGGGGUGUCCCACGGAGUAUCUUGAGAGGAUUGUCAUGUGGUGUCUGUGACGAGGGAUCACGUGGGUACCUAUGGAAGACCAAAGGAAAGCUGGGUGGGAAUCUCACCAUGUCCGAGGUAGGGAGGAGAUGAUCUCGAAGGAGGGUUCGGAGGCAUCCCCAGGCAUUCCCCUAGGGAAAUGUAUAUUCAGUAGGACAGUAGAGACGGGGUUUCACCGUGUUAGCCAGGAUGGUCUCGAUCUCCUGACCUCGUGAUCCGCCUGCCUCGGCCUCCCAAAGUGUUGGGAUUACGGGCGUGAACCACCGCGCCCGGCCUCACCUCAGUUCUCGGAAGGUCAGCCCGUCCUCGCUCCUGGGAGGCUCAAAGGUUCAAAUACCAUUGGUGGAAUCGCCAACAGCUCAUCCUCCGCCCCCCGCAGCAGGUGGUAAUGACAGAGUCCAAAUUUCCGGUUCCGGCAGUACAGGGAGCCAAGUCGAGAUGGAGGAAGAUGCGACCAGCGGACAGCAUUCGCUGGGAAUGACGGAUAGACUGGGGGAUGCAUAUCAUAUACAGCAUUGAUAGGCUUUAUUAGCCUGAUUCAACAGACAAGGAAACUGAAUUUCAGUGAAGUGACUUGGUUCCAGUCUUACACUACUGAGUAAUGGAAGUGAAACUCAACAUGGAUCUCCUGAUUGCUGGUGUUCUUUCCGUUGUAUGACCUUGCCUUCUAGGUGACACUACCUUCUCUCGAGCCAGAAUCUUAUCCCAGAACCUAGUGAAUAGUCAGUCCCAUGUGAAUUUUCUGGUACAAGGAGAGUAGAGGUGGAGAGGAGGAGGCAUACGCCCCUUGGCCUAUUUGUCCCUUUCCAUUGGUGGGGUCAGUAGUGAGAGCUCUGCCUCUAACAUUUCACUUGAUUACUUCAGGACAAAGUGCUCACUAAUUCUGGGUCACCUAUUAGGUCCCUUGAGGAAGCACUUCAACAUUUGUGCCUGAGCAGUGUUAAAAAGUGGAAGAAAAUCUGGAAUUGGAGCCAUGCACAUGAGGGUCUGAGAAAGAGCCCUAAAGAAGUUGGGCUAAGCUGGGAGAAGGGAAGGCUGGAGGAACUUUGCAUACAGGUCUUCAGGCACCAUGGAGGACAAACGCAACAUCCAGAUCAUCGAGUGGGAACACCUGGACAAGAAGAAGUUCUACGUGUUUGGUGUGGCAAUGACAAUGAUGAUCCGUGUCAGCGUCUACCCAUUCACCCUCAUCCGCACCCGGUUGCAAGUUCAGAAGGGGAAGAGCCUCUACCAUGGGACCUUCGAUGCCUUCAUCAAGAUCCUGCGAGCAGAUGGUAUCACUGGCCUUUACCGAGGGUUCCUGGUCAAUACCUUCACCCUCAUCUCUGGCCAGUGUUAUGUCACCACUUAUGAGCUCACCCGGAAGUUUGUAGCUGACUACAGCCAGAGUAACACAGUCAAAUCACUGGUGGCUGGUGGCUCAGCCUCCCUUGUGGCCCAGAGCAUCACAGUGCCCAUUGAUGUAGUCUCCCAGCACCUGAUGAUGCAACGCAAGGGUGAGAAAAUGGGCCGCUUUCAGGUGCGGGGGAACCCAGAGGGACAAGGGGUAGUUGCCUUUGGCCAAACCAAGGACAUCAUCAGGCAGAUCCUGCGGGCUGAUGGACUUCGCGGCUUCUAUCGAGGCUAUGUGGCUUCACUGCUUACCUAUAUCCCAAACAGUGCUGUCUGGUGGCCCUUCUAUCACUUCUAUGCAGCUGUCUCGGGACCCCUGGCUGCAGCCACUGCCUCCAUCCUCACCAAUCCCAUGGAUGUCAUACGAACCCGCGUGCAGGUUGAGGGCAAGAACUCCAUCAUCCUGACCUUCAGACAGCUGAUGGCAGAAGAAGGGCCUUGGGGCCUCAUGAAGGGCCUCUCAGCCAGAAUCAUCUCAGCCACACCUUCCACCAUUGUCAUUGUGGUGGGCUAUGAGAGCCUCAAGAAACUCAGCCUCCGACCUGAGCUGGUGGACUCGAGACACUGGUAACCAGUGGUGGGGAGAGAAGCCUGCUGUUUUCCAUACUACCGUGGGUCAGGGGCGGAGUGGAGAGGACAGCACCCUCUCCAGAUGCCCCCACCACACACCCAGCCCUGCCCUGGGCCAGGUGGCCUAUCUGGGAUAGGGAUAGAGAGACUUUGAACUGCUCUUGCUGAAGAGGCUCCACGCCUGGAUCCCUUGCCUCCACUAUUUAAACUUCUCUUCUGAGCUGGGCUCCCUCACUCAGUCCCUGUAUUCGAUACUGGCCUAAAGACCCCACCCCCAACCCUGCCAGCCCUUCUUCUGGCUUCCCCUUCCAUCUGUGUCCCUGAGACCCUGAGAAGAGCUGUACAUAGAGCUUGCUUACUACCACGGGUUCUUCCUCUUGGGCUUUCAGCCCAGACUCCAAGCAGCUGCUAUCAACCCUCUCUCCCUUCAUCUCUUAGCCUUGCUUAUUUUUAUUUUGGGACCGAGCUGCCCACUAGAUGACUCUGCUUUUCCCUGCAUUUGGGGCUAAGGUGCCAGGUACUUAUUUGCACAGGGAGCAGGAGCAGCAAAAAAUCUCUGGUUCUCCAGAGCACUCGUCCUCUCUUUGGAGGGGUUAUUAGGUUGGGGAGAAAUGUUGAUACUUUUGUUUUGUGUGUGUGUGUGUGUGUGUGUGUGUGUGUUUUAACAUCUGUGAACCAGGCUAUUAGUCCUGCUAAAGCGCCAAUCCCGCUGUCAGAGCUCACCCCCUUCCUAAGACAGGUAGAAAAAUGUAAUGUAGCUUUUUCCACAAUCCAGUUCCCUGUCCCUUCAGUCUCAGGAGCCCUAGGAGAGUCUAAGCUGGGGCAUCCCCUGGCCCAGAGGACUCCCGUACUGGGCAGUUCUAAGUGGAUCAGGCUGUCUUGGGUGCACUGGACUUAGAGCACUACCUUGAGAAAUCAGGUUGAGAAAGUAGUUGAUCUAGAAGGCAACAAGUGGGCAUGUGUUCCCCAGCACAUUACCCAGGCCAGCAGAGCCAAACCUAGAAGAGGGCAGUGGGGAGAUUCUCUGCCCCAGGCAGCCAUGACAUAGACAUAAAUACCCCAAUCACUCACUUACGGCAACAAGUGUUGUCUCACUAUGGUGAUCUCUAAGAUCCACAUCACUGGAUGCGUGGUCGUCCCAGUCAUGGUACCCUGUGGAGGGAUGCUGGAAGAACACAAAGAGCAGUUCAAAAAGUCACCCAAUACCAGGACCACUGCAUUUACCAGCCUGAUACUGCCAAGAUUAUCUGAUGCUCUCCUCAGGAGCUAGGAGAGGAGUGCUCCUUCUUCCCUGCCUCAUUCUCCCUACCGCUACUCUCCCCAAGCCUGUGUUGCAGGUAGAGAGGUGCAGCAAAUAGAGAAGGCAUGUCAAACCCUGCAUUUCUACCUGAGACGUGUGACCUGGAUGAUCCUCCAAACCCUAUUGGUCCCACCCCCUGGGAAAGGCCAUGGUGCCAAUUUGAAAGGUGCUAGCUACCUGAAGCCUUGAUAUUUCUUCAUGGCUGCCGCACAUUCUUCCACCUUGGCCAGAACAGGUUCUGAAAACCGCUUCUCUACCUUCACCACCACCACUGCCCAUCUUGAUCUCUUUGAGGGUUUUCCCAUUUCACUUGAUUUUAUUUUUGUUUAUCCCUUCCUGCACUUUGUCAAGAGAGUCCUCCAGGUUCUAUCCAGGAAUGUUCACAUCCAAAGGGUUGGACCCACCGAUCAUUCUGAAUCUUCCUGCCCCUCCUCACUGCUUUACCCUGAGAGCCACAAAUAUAAUGGAAGCAGUUCCCCCCACCCUCACCCCAUCUCUUUAAGCUCAUCCUAGCAAGACCUCUAGAGACUCAACUUUAGUCCUUCCCCGCCAUUGCACAGUGGGGAAGGUGUCAGUGGGGAAAGUGUCACGGACAGGAUGUAGGAUCCUGCCGCUCGCGUCUUAGUGUUUCUCCCCCAAGACUUUCCUUCUGUUUUGUUGUCUUGUGCAGUGUUUUACAGCCCCUCUUGUGUUUUUCUUUAUUUCUCGUACACACACGCAGUUUUAAGGGUGAUGUGUGUAUAAUUAAAGGGACCCUUGGCCCAUACUUUCCUAAUUCUUUAGGGACUGGGAUUGGGUUUGACUGAAAUAUGUUUUGGUGGGGAUGGGAUGGUGGACUUCCAUUCUCCCUAAACUGGAGUUUUGGUCGGUAACCAAAACUAAAAGAAACCUCUGGGAGACUGGAAACCUGAUUGGAGCAUUGAGGAACAAGGGAAAUGAAAAGGCAGACUCUCUGAACGUUUGUUGAAAUGGAUUCUUGUGAAUAUUAACAGUGAAUAUUCACUGUUGCACUGUACGAAGUCUCUGAAAUGUAAUUAAAAGUUUUUAUUGAGCCCCCGA